UGACAAAUAUAAUCCAUCUUUAAACACGUAAUAAUAUACUCCUGCUGGCCUCAUGAUAAUCGAAUAGCAAAGAAUUAAUGAAUUCAAACUGCAUGCAGCUAGCAGAUCAGAACAAAUCUUAAUAUACAGCAAUAUUAUCAUCACUACUUCAGAUCACACAGCGAGCCAAUUAUCGAUCAUCAAUAAUUAAGCAUUUAAUUAAUUACUUAAGCAAUUAAUUUCAGAAAUAAAAUAACAAGUAAUGGCAUCUUUCAAUAAGGGCUCCUUCACAGUGUGGUGGACCACCUGGUUGAUUCUGACCACUACUGCUACGCCGGCGAGAGAGGCCGCCGCCGGUGUAUCUCCGUGGCGACUAUGCCGCCGCGCCGCCGACCAAUCCGCAUGCAAGACCAUCAUCACGAGUCAACUCGCGGCGGCGGCCGAGUCGUCGAAGACAGCCAGCACUCCCUCUGAUUUGCUCCGGCGAUUCUUGGCCGUAUAUGCCGGUCAAAUGACCGCCGCGACGUCGAGGUUCAGCAUGGUCGGAGGAGAAGUUGAGCACCCAAGGGAGAGAAGAGCUUUCGCAGACUGCGCAGAGCUGAUGAAUCUAUCCGUUGACCAAGUCAACGACGCCAUUAGAGCUUUAGAAGCUAGCCGGCGUUCAAGAACCGCCGACGCACAUACUUAUCUCAGCGCCGUUCUCACCAACCACGUUACAUGCACGGACGGCUUAACCCUGUCUCCGGCGAAAUCUCCGAUCGGGAAAGUUCUCGAAGAUCUGAUCUCAAAAGCCAGAGUGGCUUUAGCGGUCGUUGCUGAAAUCAGAGACGGCGGAAACGACGAGCUAGAGGAGUGGAGGUUUCCUGGUUGGGUGAAGUCGAGAGACCGGCGACUUCUCCGGCGUAAGGGAAAGAAGAUAAAAGCUGAUAUAGUGGUGUCUAAAGACGGCGACGGAGACUAUACGACGUUGAAGCAAGCGGUGGAAGCGGCGGAGGAGGGGAGUGAGAAGAGGGUUGUGAUAUAUGUGAAGGAGGGGGUGUACAAUGAGUAUGUGGAAGUGGGGCCGGAGAAGACGAAUUUGAUGAUCGUUGGCGACGGCAUGAAUGAAACCAUCUUCACCGGCAACCAUAAUUAUGUGGACAAUUACACAACAUUCAACUCUUUCACCUUGGCUUCAAAAGGAGCAAACUUUAUUCUGCAAGACGUCGGCGUGCGGAACACGGCGGGAGCAAAGAAGCACCAGGCGGUGGCUCUGCGAGUCGGCGGCGACAAAUCCAUAAUCAACCGCUGCCUCAUCCAGGGCUUCCAGGACACCCUCUACGCCCACUCCCUCCGCCACUUCUACCGGGACUGCACCGUCAUCGGCACCGUCGACUUCAUCUUCGGCAACGCCGCCGCCGUCUUCCAGAACUGCACCCUCGUCUCCCGGAAGCCCAUGGAGUCGCAGCAGAACAUGGUCACCGCGCAGGGGCGGGUCGACCCGAACCAGAACACCGGCACCUCCCUCCACGUGUGCAAAAUCGUGCCCAGCAAGGACCUCGCCUCCGUCACCGACGACUUCCCGACGUACCUCGGCCGCCCCUGGAAGAACUACUCCCGGACCAUGGUCAUGGAGUCCUUCAUCGACGACCACGUUGACCCCGCCGGCUGGUCCCCCUGGUCCGGUGACUCGUAUCUCGACACGCUCUGGUACGGCGAGUUCGCGAACCUCGGGCCCGGUUCUGGAACCGCCAAAAGGGUCGACUGGCCGGGUUAUCAUGUGGUUAAGAAGGCUUCCGUCGCCGCCCGGUUCACGGUGGCCAAUCUUUUGGAGACUGAAGACGACCCUUGGGUCGCCGACAGCGGCGUCGAUUACAUUGAAGGCCUGCUUAAUAAUUGUUCCUCGUCCUGGCCUGCCGGACUCCAUGAACCAAAAUCUAAUUAAUUAAAUAUUCCGUACGAUUAUAAUAUGAUUAUUGACAUAACGUUAGUUUAUUAUUACGAUAGUAUUACAGUAUAAGACUAUUAAUUACUGUACGUACAAAGUUCAAAUUAAUGGAGUAUGGUUUGAUUGGUUUCAACUUUCAAUCCCUAUGUAUCCUCAAAGUUUUUUUCAUGAAUAUUGGUUCCUCCCUCCUACUAAUAAAGAGUGAUUUAUGU